CUCGUAAAGUUGAGUCUCGCACACCAAGUAUCCGGGAUCAUAGAUCUUUGCAUAUUUAGACGUUCACCUCUGCGGUCUCUGAAUGCUGGAGAGCACUGCUACCGCUAGCUAAGUGAAGAAUAGAACAGAUGGGAGAUGGCUUGCUGUUCACAGUCUAUGACCGCAUCGUAUCCGACAAGAUCAAGGAUCGCCAAGCGGGGUUUGAUACGCUGACUCGAAUCAUCAACAACAAUGGACUCAAAAUUGACGAUAAAAGCUACCAUAAGCUUCUCGAGGGCCUGUUCCAAGCGGUAGUGAUCGAACGCAAAUCGUACGUUAGAGCGCACGGCAUCCGCGAUGAUGCGAUCUCUGAUAGGCUUUCCAAGGCAGCUACCGUGUUACGACUACUUGUUGAGGAUGGAGUACAGACGUUUCGAAUGAAAACCAUCAAUGCGCUUCUCAAACAUGUGGGACAGACUGCGUAUAUCGACGGAAUGAUGUUCAAACCCAUACUGCUGGACUACAUACGUGCAUUGAGAGUGAUAUGUAGCUAUCCACCUCAUGUGGAGCAUAUGCAGAAUACUGAAUGGACGGAACUUGUUCUUUUUUGCUCAAACGGAAUCGAAGUCAACAUCAAAGCAGCCGCAAAGAUAGGUGCUGAGACUUCAGAGCUAGUUGGCUGUCUAGAAAAGCUCCUCGAUUCGGCUACUCAUCACGUACUGUUGUCGAGAGAAAGAGAUACGACCGAAAACAGCCACAGCUCUCUUUUGCAUACUGUUUAUUCUUCUCUACUCGUGCUUCUUCGAUGCCAAUCUGCUGAAACCACUGCACAUCGCAGUGCUUUUUUCUGCUUGAAUAAGCUAAUAUUAUUCAUAAUGUCCAACUCUCUGGCAGACUACGCGACUGCGGCAUCGGACUUAAUUCCAAUAAUAUCGCACUUGUGGAGUACGAAAACGUCGUCUCUGAAAGAUCAACUUCUGAUAUCUAUGAUCUGCUUCUUUCCUGCUAUAAAGAUGCUCCCGAAGGAAGAUGAUCAGCCAUUACGAGAGAUAAUGCGUAACGUUAUGCAACACUACACAGAAAAGCUGGCUCGUGAUCGACUACAAGUCAAUGAUAUUCGAUUUAUUGCCGGCGAUGAAUGCGGGAAUAGCGUUGAAUGGCUGCAGACUGCGGACUUUCAAAUAUCAAGUGAGAAGGCUCUAGGAUCUUGGCUGGUACUGAUGCUGCUGGCAAGAUGUAGUGAGUAUCUCGAACUCAAGCCCUCAAUUGACAAUGAUACCGACAGCUUGACCAUGUCUACAGAGUCAGAGAGUGCCCCGAAGAGACGCCGCUUGAUUGAGAACGAUUCAGAAAGCUCUACUCAGUAUGAGUUUUCAGGAAAUACUGAUGCGGACAGGAUCCUCACUAUGAUUGACUCGAGUUCUGCUGACCUCCAAGUCUCUCUUCUACAACUACUCGCAUUCAUUCUUUCGACCAGAAAUGUGGUCGAAGGCCCAUAUAUCAACUGUCUAAACAAAUUAAGUGGCUACAUGUCUUCCGAUGACCAUUCCGUCGUGUCUUGGGCGGCCAUCUCUCUGGCUGCUCUAUGUCGUCAAAGUGAAUCCAGAGCUGAUAUGUACGCCACCGGGUGGUCUGAGAUAUGGGAGCUUUGCAGCCGUCGUAUCACCUCCAAUGGUACAUGCUCGGCUAGUUGUCACUUACUUGAGCGUCUCAUCUCAACUCGUACAAUUCCAUCUGCGAAGAUACUCUCAUUUAUGGGAGGAAUCGGAUCGUCUAUCGAUACCAUUGGUCCUGCUAGGCUCACAGAGUCGUCGCUCCGUCUAUUCAAUUCGAUGCUCACAUGUCACAAUUGGACUUCUACAGGACAGUUUCAUGACGAUUUUCCAAGCCAGAUUGCCCGAUGGAUCGUCGCCAAAUUUAUCUCUUCAGAUCGCAUACCUACUCGAGGUGGACUGCAAGCCAACACUGGGGCGAGAAUCGUCUCUGUGGCUAAUAUUCUCCUAUCACUCAGCCACUGCGAGACUCUGAAAGACAAUCACCCUACUUUUCUUUCAAUGAGUCGACUGGAGUCAGCCAGUAUCUUACAGUUCUUACAUCAGCUUCAUGCCGAUAGAGACGUUAUAGACCUUUUGAUCUUCCGAGGCAACUCAAAGCUUUUCAAGAUUCCUAUUAAUAUCAAAAUGCAGAGUGGGAAGCCAUCGUUUUCUUCAGUUCACGAGUCGAUGAUGAACACUUUCUUAGCAUAUUUUGGGGAUAUCGAUACUGGGCUUGAUGAGCAGGUAUUGGACAUAUCUGAGUUCUGGAUAGUGAUGCUAUCUGUGGCUAUUUUGUGCAGAUUUCAUAAGUCGUACGCUUCGCGGACAGCUGCACUGCUAAGCAGAAGCUCUUCACCGCUGCUGAAAGUACUUGAUAAACUUAGUACACAGGUUGAAAGGAAGGCUAUCAGCUCAGAAUUGAUCGAUGAGAUAGUGUUUCAUGUCUCCGAGCUAUUUGGCGCUUCCGAUUAUCGCUCUAUUCCACUGGCCACUAGGAGCAGGCUAGAUCGUCUCUUCAGAGCGUUGGAAAGCAUCGUUGUUGCGCGCGAUUAUACCUCGGAAGAUCUAAGAGCAGAUCUAGACGAUGCAGAUUUCUUCCGAGCUGCCAGCGUUCAUAAGAAGCAACGACCAUUGGAUACAGACGAAAUGCCUCGGACAUCUAAUGCUGCAGCAGUCAACUGGACUAGUUACAAGCUGCAGAUGCUUGUAUUAAUGCGGUGCCGCAUGAUUUAUGCAACAGAGUCGCAAGAUUCUUCUGAGAAAAUAUUAUUCUAUAUUGGCCAUCUCGAUCCGUCAACAUUCUACUCUGUAUUGCCUGUCCUCAAGACUAUUGUCCACGAGAGAUUAGUGCGCUCAGAUAGCCCAGAGGCAAUGGAUACAAUUCUUCGACUCUUUGGAGAGCGAGCACUCCAGAAGUAUCAAUACGAGAGAUCUGAGCUGUCUAUGAUUUGCUGCGCAGAACUGCUGCAUUCUGCCCUCCCGCUAUGGAACCCUCCGGCUGAUUCGUUUGCUAAAACUCUUGAUAUUGGCAAGACGAUGUACCAAUGGCUUAUCAAAGUUGCUAUCGACAAUAAGCUAGCCUCCUAUCUCAGUCGAUGUGCAUUGUCUCGAUUAAUUGGAGAUAUAGUGAUUCAAACUGCUCAUCAACCUGACGUGAACGAAGUGGAAUAUCUGUUGGACUGGCUCCAGGAUCACGAAAUAAGGCUCCAGUAUCAGAUCUGCUUGAUUUUGGCCUCAGUGACUAGACAUUUUGCCAUGCAACUCCAUGUAUCGCUUUACAACCACAUUCAUGAAAGUCUUGCCCUCUCUUAUGUUGAAGGUCAGAUUAUCAGCUGUUUUUGCACAGCAAAGCUGGCUAUUGCUUCGCCGCUCCUCACGCGUGACGCCAUCUAUCAUCUGGUAGAAUUAUCCGAUAUAUGUGAGAUACAUGCAUAUAUCAGUUACUGUUUCAAAAUGGCCGCUGAGGCACAGCAUCUCAGAAAUCCCCGUCAGCUUUUUGAAGUAUAUGCAUCUCAGAUACUUUACAGCUGGCGCAAGACGGGACGAAGCCACGAUGAGCUAAAUGUUAGCCUGUUUGGAUAUAUAUCGCAUAAAGACUUCCUUGUGAAAAACUAUUCGUUUUUGGUGGCUCCGCUGUUCAUGUUCAGUGCUCCUGACUGUAAGAGCCAGUUAUCCGAAAUUGCUAGCUCUUUGCAUAUGAAGCAGUCAGACAUCAUUGUGAGAUCAUUGGACAAGAUACUGGCUUAUGUGUCCGCGAUAGAGGUCGAAAUGCCUGGUCUGGUUCGACAGGAUCAGGCUGCUAUGCAAUGGUUGGAGGAAGAACUGGGAGGACGUCGAGCCCUCAUCGAGCAGAUGGAGAAGUUUCUGCCUUCUGCUACAGCAAUACUACUCCGGUUGGUUGACACGGGGAGUAUUAGCAUACAGGCCUUCGAAGAUGCAGGACUGCCACGGGCCUCACGAGUAUGGAAAGAGUUGGGCUUUGCUACGUCUACUUCUAGCUCUGGCCCUUACCUCACGUCGUUGAAUCAGCCGUAUUUCAAAGCGACUGUCAUUUUGAAGGCUUUUGUUCUUCUCAAAGCACGAUUUCAUUUACCGGGCUCUGAUUCUGCUGUAAAGGAAAAGGGACUCAGUGAUGCGGCUUACAUCGCACGGCAUAUUCUUAACGGCCUGGACAGCUGCCUAAACUCUUUGCAACAACGGGAUACUCUUCGAGUGCUGAAGCUUCAUAUCUCUGUACUGUCGGGAUCAAUCCCUUCUUACUUGGGCAAGAUUUCUCUGCAAACAAUCGCUCCUCUCAUUUCGGUAAAAGAGUGUUUUUCUGAGGUUCUGGACAUCGCCUCAUAUAUUUUCGGUCGCGGUCCAUCUGUUCUUAACUCUGAUUCUUUCUUGCGAUUUGUUGUCCAUAUUAUGUUCCAUAUCCAGACAAUCAAGAAUGCAGAUCUCAACUUCUUGGAUGAAGAAGAGUAUGCAUCCAGGUUGCUGCAAUUUAAAUCAAAACUGUUUGCUUUCAUUGAUCUGCGCUCUCGAGACUGUACUACAGUGGCGAGUGUCUCGAACUGGUUGAGGUCGCUGGUGUUUUUUGACUCCCGUGCAGCCAAUGGCUAUUCUGACUGGGAGCCAGCAGACCUCCGAAAAGUGUUGUUUGACGAUACGUUUCGUUCCAAUAUGGCUGCCCGUCGAUAUGCCUUGAAGACUUUGUCGGUAGAGAUUGAGAGUCGAAGUCAGGUUGCGGAUUUCAGCAAGCUUUCUGACGACGACUGUAUCAUGAUGUCUCCAGAACUGCUAAGGGUCUGCAGCGAGCUGAAAAUGCCAGACAAGUUUCUGUUCUGGACCUCGCGUAUAUGUGGUCGUGCAUAUGCUUGUAGCGGUGUUUUAUCUAAGCAGUGGCUAGAUAGCAUUGAUGUGUUCCUCAAUGUCAACGAAACAGAGCUCGACAUCACUGAUCUCUCCUUGCCUAUCCACUCCAUUAUCAAUCUGUUGAUCUCUGAGCUGGAUUCUGAUAAUCCAAAGGUCGUUCGCCUGAUGGAGUCAGCUCUACGCCGGGUGCUGAUCUACUUUGAGAGUCUGAGCUUAGAAGCAAAGCCAAUCAUUCCGCAGUAUGUUUAUGACGCUAUCAGGCUUCAUCUGGAAGAUACUGUCUGGUCAUCGGGCUCCUCCGAACGCUCAUUCUAUUCUUCUGAUAAUUCAUUUGAAGCCUGGGCCUGUCGGAUUUCUGGCACGGUAUGUUCGGUCUUGAUGCGGGACCAUAAGCCUUUUUAUGAUGUUGUGGCGCGUCUCAUUGAUUCUGCUGAUGGGUUUGCCGCAUCUAUUUUCCGCUACCUUAUGUAUGCUUUCAUAUGCAGUGACUCCAGGACUUCAGACACUCUAGCAUACAUAUUCAAUGAUUGCUUCCUUUCUGUUUCGGAGGCAACUACACAGCAUGCAUCUCUACUCAUCCGAACAUAUAUAUUCCUGCAAAAUCAACCUACAGAGCACGAUUCUGAUAUGCUCGACCGCAUACAGUGUAUAAAGGGUCUCAAUUUUACCGCCAUGUUGGAUGCUGCUCUGGUCUGCAAGAUGUAUAGCUCUGCCUAUCUCAUAUGUGAGCUGAUGUGGGUCUCGGGUUAUGAUCUGAGAACUCUAUCGAAAUACCAGGCGGAGAUCUAUAAGGAGAUCGAUGAUCCUGAUGCUCUGUAUGGCCUCGAUACGUCGCCUAGCAUUCAGUCGGCGAUAAGAAGAUCAGAGUUUGAGCGUGAUGGGUGGAAGAUGCUAUCUUACCAAGGGGCCAUGCUUGAUAACUCUCUCUACGGAUUGUCUAACGCUCCACAGCAAAGCAUGUCCGGAAUUUUCGAUGCUUUAUCAAAUGUUGGCCUGAGUGGGCUGUCCUUGAGCUUAUCAUCCGGGCUCACCAUCAAUGAUGCUGAUCAGUCGGACAAAUUCUAUGAGUCUGCUUGGAAACUAAGCCGAUGGGAUAUACAGCCGGCCGCGGACUCCUUUGUCUCUAAGAGCUCUAUCAUUCAUAAAGUCUUACGGAAUGCCAGUCUCUCGUUGGGCCUUGAUACAACUGGAACAGGGUCAUUUGAUGACUUGGUACGCGAGCCAAGUAUCAAUAUUGUCAGACAAUUGACCAGUGAUCAAGCUGCGAACACCGUUGGCUUCUCUCGAGAUCUACUGCAUACGCUGGCCGUUAUGUAUGAAGCUCGUGAGCUUUGGGAAGUCAAAGCACCUGAGCAGCUGUCGGAUCUCCUGAGAGAGCAUGGAAGAAGGAUAACUUGGACGAGUGAUGUCAAAUACCAAGAUGCUGAGGACCUUCUUCUGGCUCGUGAAAAAAUGUGCCGCGUGCUGUCCACUCAGGCGAAACCCGUGUUUGAGUCAUCUAGAGAUCUUUACAGUGUUGCUGAAGCUGUGUCUCUUAAACGAACGAUUGAGUUAGCUCUCCAACAUGGACAGCUGCAGCAAGCGGUCUCAUCAUCAGUCCGACUUCAGAAUCUGGCGAGAUCUUUCUCUCCCCAGUAUAAAGAGUCAUUGUUGCGCACAGCCAGUUUGCAGAUGUCAAAUGUGUUGUGGGAGAAGGGCGAUAAAUAUAUCGCGAUUCAAAUAUUGAGAAGUUUGGCGGAUGAUCAUCCCUCCUCACCUCAGGGAGAUAUCCCUCAACUACAAGUGGGAACUGCCACUGUAUUGGCUACUCUGGCCCGUUGGGUUUCUACAGCACGUUUGGAGCAUCCUGAUGAUGUCAAUUCCAGUUAUCUACAGCCUGCGAUUGCAAGAGUCGACGAUCUAGUUGAUGGUUCGUUGAGAUCACAUGUCUACCAUGAAUUUGCAAUUUUCUGCGAUAGCCAGUUGAAAAGUUCAACCUUCAGUGAGGAUUUUGAGCGUAUCUCAGUCCUUCGCUCUGACAAGAUUUCUGAACUGGAGCAGAUACGGGCUCUAUUGGCCAAGGCCACAGCUUCAGAAGAAAGGCGCUCGAUACGGAUAAACUACAAUCAGAUCAAGAAAAUGUUUGAGUCUGACGAUGCUGAAUAUCAAAGGUUGUUGAAGCUGCGGGAGACCUUUUCGCAGUUCAGCAUAGAGUUUUAUCUCAAGAGUAUUACAGCAUCCGACAAAUAUGACGAUGACAGUUUUCGCUUCUGCUCACUUUGGCUGGAGAACUCAGACGAUGGGCCCGCCAACAUAUCUGCACAGAGUCACCUUCCGGCGGUCCCUUCGGCCAAGCUGGCUAGCUGGAUCAAUCAGCUUUCAUCGCGCUUGAGCAGCGAGGGAAACUCUCUUUUUCAGACAACUCUGGCGGCGUUAAUUGUCAAGCUCUGUGUGCAUCAUCCUUACCAUUGCUUGUAUCAGAUAUAUGCUCUAAAGAAUAGUGCCGAUGACAGUGCUGAAGAUCAGAGCGCAAUCUCGCGCGCCAAGGCUGCAGAAGCUAUAUGGUCCAAUUUGGAGACGAGAAAGGGUUACUUCAAACAGUAUGCAGAGCCUGUGGCGACCUUCAGUCGCAAAGCUGACAAACUGGCCCGCCAUGUGUUCUCUGACCGCGAGCGCAAGAAUGUCACGGUUGAUAUGUUUCCUGAAAGUGCAUGGUGGAAGCUGGCGCUAAAAGACUUGAAGCUGCCUUCUCCGACGAUGAAUAUAGCCAUAAGGAAAGAUCACGAUUACUCAAAUAUACCGAAAAUGGUGGGAAUCUCGUCUAAGGUUUAUCUUGCAUCAGGUCUGAGUAGACCAAAGGCCUGCUCAUUCACAGCUGAAGACGGAACAGUCUAUAAAAUGCUGAUCAAAGGAGGAAAGGACGAUUUACGUCAGGACGCGAUCAUGGAGCAAGUUUUUGAGCAAGUCAAUAGCUUCCUGCAACGAAACGAGAAUACACGCCGCCGAAAGUUGAGAAUCCGAACGUACAAAGUCAUACCUCUUUCACAUAUGUCGGGAAUCAUUGAGUUCGUUCAGAACACCAUUGCGUUGAUGGAUAUAUUGCAGCCUCUUCAUUCCAGCUACUAUCCCGAGGAUAUGAGCCUUCAAGCUGGUCGUACGGUCAUCAAGGAUGCACAGACCAAAGCUACGGACGCGAGAAUUUCCGUGUACCGCAAGGUAGAGCGGAAAGUGCAUCCUGCAUUUCGGUUUUUCUUUCUGGAACAGUUUAAGGAACCUCGAGUAUGGCUCCAGUGCAAGACUGCGUAUACGCGCGGUACAGCUGCCAUCUCGAUCGUCGGUAGUGUAUUGGGCCUAGGUGAUCGUCAUUUGAACAACAUUCUUCUUGAUGCAAGCUCGGGUGAACCUGUUCAUAUUGAUUUGGGUGUUGCUUUCGAUCAGGGCAGAGUCCUCUCUGUCCCUGAAACGGUACCGUUCAGACUCACAAGAGAUAUAGUGGACGGCAUGGGAGUCAGUGGGAUUGAAGGUGUGUUUAGGAGAUGCUGUGAAUUCACACUCGAAGUCCUUCGUGAGGAGUCUGAGAAUAUCAUGACGAUAUUGGAAGUUCUGAAAUACGAUCCUCUAUACUCCUGGACAAUAUCCCCGCUACGCAAGCAGCGCCUCCAAGGCCAGCAGGACACAGUGACCUCCAGAUCUAGUCGCAACCGCACGACACGGGCCUCAUCAGCGCAAAAAUCAGAUCACACGGUGCGGGAUAGCUAUGGAGAUGUGUCUGAAGCUGAACGAGCGCUUGUAGUCGUUCGUCGCAAGCUGUCUAACAACUUGAGCUCCGAUGCUGUGGUAAAUCAGUGGAUUACAGAUGCAUGUGAUCCGCGCAAUCUGGCAUUGAUUUAUUGUGGUUGGGUCCCAUUUUACUAGUUUCCGGCAACUCCGUUCUAUAACAUACACAACCCCUGAAAAUACCCACAGAACCCAUCUAAAUGAUCAUAUGACAAAGUGUGGAGAAAUAUGAAAGAAAAAAGUGAAGAAGAAUAUGUACAUCUGAAAAAUGUGUGCUACCUGCAAGCACGAGAGAUACCAAAUAUAUAUAGAUAACAAAAGAGAUAACAAAAGAGAUAACAUGAUAGCAAGAAUAUGAAAGAGUAUGGUGACGACGGAAAAAGAUGUGCGCCAGAUAAUUAAACGUCAACUGACUGUAAAUAGACUGAAACGAGUGGCAUGUAUAUC